CUACAAAUUACAGAGAGAAAGAGAGAGGGAGAGAGAGAGAUGGGGAGAGAGAUAGUGAGUGCAAGAGAAGAGGAUGUGAUGGAGGAGAUAUUGAGAUGGUCUCCAUCUUCUUCAAAACUGCCUUUGUUGUCUUUGAAUCAUGUCUCAUUUGUGUGCAAAUCAGUGCCCAAAUCAGUGAAGUUCUAUGAGGAGGUUCUGGGCUUUGUCCUCAUCAAACGCCCUUCUUCCUUUGACUUUAAAGGAGCUUGGCUGUUCAACUAUGGAAUCGGCAUCCACCUGCUGGAAUCCGAGGAGGUUCCGGCGAAGAAAGGGGCGAUCAACCCCAAAGACAACCACAUAUCCUUCCAGAGCUCGGACAUGGGGCUGGUGGUGAAGAAGCUGGGGGAGAUGAAGAUAGAGUACGUGACUGCAGUGGUGAAGGAGGGUGGAGUGAAAGUAGACCAGCUCUUCUUCCACGACCCAGAUGGCUACAUGGUCGAAAUCUGCAACUGCCAGAACCUCCCUGUCCUCCCAUUAUCCUCAUGCCCCAUCACCAACAAGCUCCCAAAGGGCAACAGGAAGUAUGGGAAGAGGCAGCAGUGUGGUGGAGAGAUGGAGGCUCAGAUGAUGGAGAACCUGGUGGUGGAUAUGAUGGAUAUUUCCUUUUGAAAAUUAAAUUAAAUUAAUAUUUUCUGCAGUGAGGAGUGAAGGAUUCAGGAGUAGUAUUGAUUUGUGUACAAUGUACAAAGAGAGUGAAAGUACUAAGAAUCUUUGUGUAAUGUGGAACAGCCUGUCUACUUUCAUUUCUUUAGUCCCUAUAUAUGCCUGUAAGGAGUCUUUUUUUUUUUUUUUUUUCUAAGUUAUUUGUUGUGAUUAUUUUGCUCUAAGAAAGAAUGCAAUCACGAAAAUCAA